AUGAGCCAACAACAAAAUAGCACCAGCACCCCUUCUGCUUCGAACAUUCGGAAUCCAGAACUUCCCCAGACAAUCGCCACAUCUCACGCAGCGACUUCUUCCUCUUCCUUCAUCAAGCCAUUUCUCAAGAGAAGUCCAUCGUCUCCGUUGUCUUCCCCUCCAAUCAGCCCCAAGAAAAUAGCUUUAAUGCAAGAGAAGCUCAUUGAAGAUAUGGAACUGAAAAACGCAGCGAUUCGUCAGAUUAUUUAUGAUGCUCAGCUGAAAAGACAUGCUGAGAAUAUGGCUCUGGCGAAGACAAUAACCGGCAAGACGGAUGAACAGUUGACUCGGGAAGUCAAUGGUUUGGUAGAGAAGGCGAAGGUUCUGAACGAUCUUGAAAAGGCUAAGGUUAGCUGGAACUCUCUACCGGGUCCCACCUCAUCUCUUGCUCAGGCUCUGGUGGUUCGUCCGUCCACUUCUUCUCCAUCAUCCUCUCCGAUAUUCAAUUUGGCACAUGCAUCCCGUUUGCUCCCCGGGAAUGACAAGAAUUCGAGAAUUCGUCAGUUUUUUCCCGUAUCUCCAAUCCAAAAUCCUGAUUAUUAUGCUUCGAAUGAUUGA